CCGGCGGCCACUUGCGAAGAACUUCCGAAACUCAGCCUUCACGGCCCCUUGUGCUGAAUUUCGAAGUGCGAGGUACUCCCGCAUCGCGCAGCAUUAAAUAGGAUCAUUCGGUGUCCGGAAGAUAAGAAUCCAUCGCGUCGCUAGCAGCUGCACCAUGCACGAGCGCAGAAGCCCGCGUCCCAUCAGUGCAUCGUAUGGAAGAGCCUUCAAGGGGUCUUCUAAGCGGGAGUAUAUAACGCCCGUUAGAGAUGCUAUCCUGCGCCUGGCCGUCCCAAUCCACUCCCGCUUCUCGAUGCAGCUCUCUGCGUUUCUGCCGUGUCUGGCCUGGAUGCUCCUUGGGGCGCACGCAGCCAAAUCCAACCACGCGACGCCGAAGUGGGAGACGUUCACCUCUGCGCGGCCGUCCUCAGGCCUGCGCUUCGUGACGGACUCGGCCGUGUGCGAGACGACGCCGGGCGUGGGGCAGCAGUCGGGGUACAUCGAUGUCGCGGGAGACGCGUCCAUCUGGUACUGGUUCUACGAGGCACGGCAUUCGGCUGAUACAGCUCCGCUGACGCUGUGGUUGAAUGGAGGGCCAGACUCACCGUCUGACAGGAUGUUCGGCUAUGAUUGGCAUGUUUCAAGAGAAUGGGCCGUGCACUGUCAACGCAGACAGCGCUUCGACGACCCUGAACCCAUACAGGUCGGUGCAUCCCCCCUACCGCAUCCCCCCUACCGCAUCCUCACCGGCUGCAGCUGGAACAAUGCGAGCAACCUGCUGUACAUGGACCUGCCAGUCGGCGCAGGGUUCUCCACCGGAUCGGCAGCCGUGGGUGCCCAUUUCGGACCGAGUGCGAUUGCGUAUUUCCAGUCCCAAAGCGCGUUGGUAACGCAAGGAAAGCUGAGCGGCCAAAAGCUUGAAUUCAACGCACUGAUGAUCAACGACGGAAAGCACGAUCCCCUGACUGGCUACGGGUCCUAUAUCUCGUUCGCCUCGGAUGCACCGGGAUACGGUCCUCUCCAGCCCACACACGUCAUCAACAACAUGACACAAAGCUACAUGGAGACCGGCGGAUGCGCGGAUCAGCUCAAGCAGUGCUACAGCGCCGGGAACGGGACUACCGCCGACAAGCUCUGCGCGACUGCCGAUAAUUACUGCACCAGCAAACUCUUCGACCCCGCGGUGCAAGGCUACAAUCCCGACUACCUGCUGGAGAGCAGCUCGUCGAAAGUCACGUUCCCGCCGUCGUAUUAUCUGAACUACGUGACUUCGGCGAAAGUCAUGAACGCUAUCGGGGCGAAUACUACGUUUGACGGGUGCAAUGCGGCUAUCAAGACGGCGUUCUCAGUCCAGGGAGAGCUAGGGCGGACGGCGCUUCCCGACCUCGCCGCUCUGGCGAACGCCCAUUUUCCUAUCCUGAUUUGGGUUGGAGACGCGGAUAUCAAAGCGAACUGGCUCGGCGUGCACCAUGCGAUGGUGUCGAUGAGCUGGUACGGCAACCUGACAUUGAACAACACGGCCCUGACGAACCUCACGCUCGGCGGGUCCGCCGUCGCCGCCGUCAAGACGAUCGACUCGUUCACCUUCGCGCGGGUGUACGGGGCGGGGCACAAUCUGGCGGCCUACGUGCCCUCGACCGCUCUUUACUUCUUCAACCAGGUCGUGACCCUCGUCGGCCCGUCCGCCUCGAACAACGGCACGACGACGGGCUCGGCGUCGGCCGCUGGCUCGUCGUCGACGUCGGGAUCGACUUCGAGCGGCGGGAGCCCUCCCCGGGGAGUCGAUCGGAUUUUAGCGGCCGGGGCGAUUCUUCUGAGUUGUAUCCGAUUGAAUUUGAUUGUAGCCCCGCCUGGUUUCUGGUUUGAAAAACAAAUCAUUGAGGAAAGUGUGAAUCGUGGCUGGCUUGGUCCCGAAAAACCGUAUCAUGGCAUGGCUUGGCAUCAGAUCCUCCCUUUACAACAGGGUCAUCAUGUGACGCCGUGUAACCCCAUAUCUCAUGUUGUGCUUGACGGCACUGCUGCCAGACCCGCCGGAAUGAGCUCGAUAUCAACCAAGUCAGAGAAACAACCCUCGGUCUCGAGGUCACCCAAACCGCCCGCGGCGGCGGCCUCGCUGCCUAACCCCCUCAGCCUCGCCUGGGUGCGCCCCGCGCUCGCCAAGCCGCGCACAUGGAAGACGCUCACGCGGUGCGUCGUCGCGGUCGCCGCGACGCUCGUGCUGCUCGUGGACCGCACGACGAUGAACGAGAUGGGGCAGGUCGCGUUCUUCGGGAGCAUCCUCGCGUCGAUCCUGACGCCCUCGAUGGCGUUCAGCCUGUUCGCGCUCGCGGGCACGCUGCUGCUGCUCGGCAUGCUGCUCGGCUGGGCCUGGAGCGCGGCGGCGAUGGCUGCGGCGCUGGCGGUGCGGGAUCCGGUGCGGGAUGCGCAGCGGGCGGCGGUGGCGGCCAAAGCGUUCUCGCCGGACCUCCCUGCCUCGACACAGCUCUCGGUGCUCGUCUUCCACGGCUACUUCCUCGAUGCGCGCUCGUCCGCGGUCUACGGCGCCAUGUUCUUCAUCGGCUGUUUCGCCAUGGGCGUCCUGCGCGCGCGUGCACCCAAGCUCACGCUGUUUUCCAUCUACUCGACGAUUGUCAUGGACAUCAUGUUCACGUUCGGUCCCCUCUUCCCCAGCAAACAAUACAUGCUCGCUAAGCUGUUUAUUCUCCCAUCUGCAUACUAUGUCGCCAUCGCCGGGGUCUCGCUCCUCUUGAUCUUCCCGCAGAGCUUGAACCAUGUUGUAUUAACGACGCUCGAUGGCGCAUUCUUCGGGUCGGCGCUGACCAUUCUGGGCCUUCAGGGCUCCGUCCUGUCCACCGAUCCGACGGACCAAGAGACGUGGUCUGGAAUUGCGGCCAAGGCAGCGACUGCCCGUGCUGGACUCGCAGGAGGUCUGGCCGGGGUCGGCGCUCAGAUCGGGAUGAUCGACAUGGAAAUCAGCAUCGGCCGAUUGGGACCCACAGAUCUCAAGAGGAUAGUUUCCGAGCUGCGCGCGCUGGGAUUCCGUGUCAGCGGCCUGCUGUCUUUCCAGACCGUGAUCUCCGCCGUCCACGCCGACGAGAUCCGGUACAACACGACCCCGGACGCGUCGGCGGCUGAGCUCGGGCGGCCCGCGUGGACUCACAGAGACGGCCGCUUCGCGAAACGCAAGCGGCUGAUCGAUGCGCGCGAGAAGAGGCAUGGGCACACGCUCCAGAAACUAGUCCCGAUUCUCGAAGAGGCCAGCGCGCCACUGCGCGCGGCUUGCGUGGAGAGCGUCAGUGUGAUGCGGGGUUGGCUGGAGGGAGCGAACGUGUACCGCUGGCGCUCGUUCUUUCUUCCUGGUAGCGCGGAGAAGCAGGAGGCGGAAAUCGCUCGUAGGAAAGCGGUUUUGGAGUCCACGAUCGCUAAACUGCAGACUGCGCUGCACGAGUUCCGGACGGUCGGGCGAGUCAAGCUGAUCAAACCAUUCGAGCGCUUCUUCGACGCGUCUGGGAAACUCAAGGAUGGACUCGAUCCCUUGCGCAAUAUGGCCGGCAAGUCUGAGCACGAGAUGUUUGCUCUCAGAUCGUUGUACAUCUGCUUCGUGUUCAUCGACACUCUGGAUGCGUUCGCAGCUCGGAUGCUCCGCCUGCUAAAAAAGACCGCGGAGCUCGACGCGAAGCGGCCGACGCCGAGAAUCUGGUUCCCCACUGGUUUCGGCAAACUGUGGAGGAAGCUCACCAGCAGAGGCCCGAGUCCGGUCGACGAUGCGCCUCUGUCGGAGGGCACCGCAGUCGAUAUGACCAGCUUUGAUGAACGCGAGAUCCAAGCCGAGGUCGAGGAGAGCGAGUUAGACUCGGAGCAUGUUGAGGAGGAGCACGAAGGGCCGCAAGAACGCAAUCCUGACGCACUGCCGCCGAAGAACGGUUUUGAGCGGUUCCUCGUCCGAAUCGGCAACUUCCUGCGGUACUUCAAGUCUCCCCAGGGUAUCUUUGCGCUCAGGCACGCCGUUGUCUCGCUCGCGCUGUGGGUCCCCGCGGUCGUCCCACGCACGGCCUGGUUCUACUACGAGAACAAAGGCUUGUGGGCGCUGAUCACCGCGCAGACGGGUUUGGCGACGUACGCCGGCGAGCAGCUGCUCACGCUCUUCAUGCGCAUGACGGGGACGAUCGUGGGCAUGCUCGUGGGCAUCGUGGUCUGGUACAUCGCAGCGCCCGGCCACGGAGACGGCAACCCGUACGCCGUGGUGAUCGUCACGACUGUGUUCGCGGCGCCAUUUGUAUUUGGGCGCGUGUUCGGGCCCGUGUCGCAGAUGAUGUUCUGGGCGUUCAGCGCGCUGACGAUCAUGCUCGUCGUGGGUUACUCGUAUCUGGACAGGCACUACCAGCAGAUUGCGAACCCCGGCGUCGGACUCGAAACGGGGUGGAAGCGGGGCUUGCUGGUGGUCGUUGGGUUCGUCGGCGGGAGCCUGGUGAUGAUGUUCCCGAAGCCAACGACCGCGCGCAUGCUCGUGCGCAAGUCCCUUGCUGCGACCCUGCGCGAGCUGGGGAUCACCCUCGCCAGUGAGGUUGAGGCGUUCCUGGCGGAAGAGGCGCGGGCACGGCAAGGGGACUAUGGCCGCGAGGAGAUCGAUAUCGAGGAACCCUCGCAGUCGGAGCCGACGGAAUUGUCUCCCAAGGAACGCCGUAUCAGACGGCUUGCAGCGAGGGUGUUGAUUGUGCUGGAACGACUACAGCACCUGGCGCCGUCGCUGCUGACUGCUAGAUGGGAACCUCAGCUCCAGGGUGCCUGGCCUGCUGCGGAAUACCAAAAGUUGCAUGCCUUGGAGUCUCGAUUCGUCACUUAUCUCGCGUUGCUCGCGGGUGCUCUGAGCAAACUGGACACAAAGUGGUGUUCUCGUCUCGUGCACAAGACACCGUUCAUGAAUCCCAAUAUGCUGUCCGACAUCUUUGCGACGAUCUCGAUCCUCGCACAUUCUCUCGAGAACGGACAUCCCGUGCCUGGGACCCUUCCCUGUCUGCGGGAGCGACUGAUGUACCACGAUUCGCUGUUGCAUCCCGAGCACGUGCACGAUGAUUCGUCGACCGGCUCGAUGGUGCAACCGGACGACUCGGACGGGGACUCCAUGGCCGAUCUGGUCAAAGGCAAGAUUGACGGAGGAAGUAUCGGGGUGGAGGAACUGUCGCUUGCCGUGCUCAUGGCAAGUCGGAUUGCAUGUUCUGGGUCCCUCGCUCACGAUGCCCACUUUCCAGGACGCGCAACUGCCGACGAACUCGACUGCUGUAGUCGCCCUUUCUAUGAUUUUGGAGUCUCCGAGGAGGAAGGCGUCCAAGAAUUAAACUCCAGCCCAUCCGCAUUAGGCAAGCGGACGACCUACAAUGUCCUAUAUCGCGCGCCUCCCACUGUCAAGAACGUGUUUCCCCUCCACCUUCUCCCGGUUCAACCUGCCUCACCAUCAGCAUCAUCAUCAACCUUGCUCCCCACGCACAUGUCUCGCUCACCCAUUGUUGCCCUGCGCUGCAAGAUCUGCCCUGGGCGUGUGUUCCCGAGCCGCGAGGCGCUCGUGCAGCACUCGCGGGAGUCGCCCGUGCACCCGUUCUGCGGCGACUGCCGCCCGGGCUUCGCGUUUGAAAGCGUGGAGAAGCUGCUGGAGCACAACGCGCAGCACCACCCGACGUUCCUGUGCCGCAAAUGCCACCAGCGGUUUUUCACGCAGUCGUCGCUGGACGACCACUACCGCGGGAAGGCGUCUGCGAUCCACCCGAACUGCGACCGCUGCGGGAAGGGCUUCUUUGACGAGACGAAGCUGCGCGAGCACUUCAAGGAGGCGCAUCCGCGCACGACGUGCUUCUGCGGGGCGACGAUCUUCGACGACGAGAUGCAGCAACACUACCUGCGCUCGGCAUCGCACCCGAACUGUGUGGUGUGCACCGAGGGCUUCAAGGACGACCUGGCGCGUAACGAGCACGGUCUUGAAAAACACGCCGACUGCAUCUGCGUUCCGUGCCAGCAGCAGUUUAUAUCGGUCGCCGAACUCAACAAGCAUUUCACCGUCUCGUUCAACCACCCGAAGUGCAUGGACCGCCUGCUCGGCUGCAAGCGCGGCUUCCUCAACGAGCACGAGCUGCGCCAGCACCUGCUCGACGAACCCAGCCACUACACGCCCACCAGCUUCAACGCCCGCCUGAUCGACACCCCAAAGCCUCUCCCGAUGCCGAUGCCGAUGCAAAUCCCCGGCGCCCCGCGCAUCGCGCCGUGCGCGCUGCCGGCCCCCAACGCCGACGUCAGCCACGGUUGGAAGAAUGUCAAGAACCACAUCGUCGCGCCUCGCCCGUGCACGCCGGGGGGUCACUUUGGCGCCGGCGCUGCGGGAACCUGGGGCUACCACCACCCCGCUCCGACCGCCAGUGUUCGCAGCCAGGUGCACACCGCGACGGGCGGCGCUCCUUACAACAACAACAACAACAACAACAACGGCACGGGCCCGCGCCCGAGCAACGCCGCACCGCGGUUCAAUCAGCACAGCCGCUCGUCCCUCGACUCGAUCCACGCCUGGAUCGCACCGCCGGGCUCGUCCUCGAGUGGAUCGCCCUCCCUGUCGCCCUCGAGCGCCUGCUCCAGCUCGCGCUCGCAGGUCGUCACUCCCGCUGGGGGCCCGAUGGUGGUGGGGGCUGCCCGGUUCGGCUUCGGCGGCGACUUUCGCGGGCCUCCGGUCGUCGCACAGAAGAACUGAGCUGAGUGUGUGUGGUCCUGUGCCGGCGGUGUGCGGAUGUCAAUCGCAGUGUAUCAGUCUCUGGAUGCCUUUUCUCCCUCGCCUCUGAAUGCUCUUCCUGAAUUUGCUACCUAAAAUGUUGUCUGGAUGCUAUGUACUACCCUACUCUUACAUGAAUUAGAAACUAUGCUCUUGCUUGACGAGAUCGCGUGGCGAUGGAUUCCUGAACUAGACAUGCAU